AUGCCCAGCAAGUGCGAACGCCGGUGUGGGGACGUGACCAUACCUUAUCCAUUCGGGCUCGAAUCCAAUUGUGCGAGGUCCACAGAUUUUUUGCUCAAUUGCAAGAACACCGAAGAGAGCGGUUUUCGACUGAUGUGGGGGAGUCUUACCAUACGCAACAUCUCGGUCAGGGCCUCAAUCAUGGCUGCCAGCUUCCCCGAAGCAUACGAGUGCUACUAUCAGAAUGGCACGCUAGCAAACAAUAGCGCAAUUUAUCUACCUCUAAAUCCUUUGUACAGAUUGUCGGACACCCAGAAUGAGCUCAUCCUCCUUGGCUGCGAUGCUUACGCAGUCCUGGCCAACAGCAGCGGGGCGUUCCAGAGCGGGUGCAUGACCUACUGCUUCGACAACUUUGACGUCAUCAAGGAGUCCGUUUGCUCCGGUCAGGGUUGCUGUCAAGCAUCCAUCCCAAAGGGGCUGAAGACGCUCCACAUUAGAAUCAUUUCCUUAGAACAAAACAUGUUGCCCUCGCGACUCGGCCGCUGUGUACGGGCCUUCGUGGUGAACAGGAGGUCAUUCGAUAUCUCAAAAUUUACUCUCCCGAGGUUCAAAGAUGUGGGCAACACCCCGAGCGUUGCUCUGGACUGGAUGGUCGAAUCGAACAUGACUUGCCAAAAGGCCAAACGGAACCAGUCGAGCUAUGCCUGUGGUAACAACGCGAAAUGUAGGGAUUUUGGACUGGGUUACCGUUGCUUUUGCAAGGAUGGCUACGACGGGAAUCCCUACGGUGGAAGGCAAGGGUGCACAGGUAAUUAA